CCAUCACUCCCCUGUUACUUUCCCCCAAAAAAGUGAUCUUACACUUCUAAAAGUCAAUUCUACACUCCACUGACUGUUAAAAGUAGACUCAACCCUGGGGGCUACUCUAAGUAUGCUCAGAAGGUUUCUCAGCGCCAUCUCCUGGGGCAGCAAUUUCAUGAUCACUGCCUUUAUAUCCAGUAAGGGACAAACCCAAAAGCUUAUUUACUCAGUUUAGAAAACCAAACAGGUAAAUGUACUCACAUAUCCCAGUUCAGUCUCAACAGUUCUCUCCCCUCACAAUUCUAACACCAAGAAAGUAUUGGUGUACAGUACCCAGGAUCAGAACUGACUUGAACUACACUGUGUUACUGGAAAGCCUCCAAAAAUUCAGUUGUUAUCACAACACAUCCCAACGUACUUCUCAAGGAAGCCCAAUCCGGAUACAUUAACGCGUCGCAGUUGCAGCAGUGCUUCAGAAGCAAACAUACAUCUCGAAAGAAAAUAAGCCCAGCCCUCCAGCUUGGUCUAAUCUGGUCUGAAAAAGGAGUAUAAGUACGGGCAGUCACUGACUUGCAGCCUUUCAGCAAGCCUGCUUUGUCCUACAUUCUGCGCAGAGUGCUGAGCAGAUAUGGAGAAGGGUUGAGAGAGUUCCAUUCUGUAGAACGGUUCCUUAUACUGUCUGUUCUCAUCAGUUUUAAAAAUAAACUGUAAUUGCAUAGUCAGUUCCAUUACAUCUUUUGUGGAACAAACCUUAUUUCAAGAUCUGGUCUCUGUUCCCCCGUUUGUGGCCACAUUAUCCAGAAUUCAAUUCCCACAAGAUACUGAUGUGCUAUAUUUCCAAGCUCCAGUCAUGCCAGACUUACUUUCCUUCAUGUCAAACAGUGCGAAGCUUUCAUGUGCUAAUUCUGUAGUACUAAGAGGACAAGGGAGUUAAGGACCAGUUUGUCAAGCCUGACUUAGAUAAUAUACCCAGACUAUAGUGUGCCAGCCCAGCAGGGGAGGAAAAAAGUAAGAAGAAAAGGGUUAUUUUUUUCCUAAAGUGGGGGAAGCUAUACUAACAAAGAAGCAAUGUUUUAGCAGCUGUGAUCUUGUACCAGACUAAGUUUUUAGACCACUGGACAAUUCCACUGAUAAAGACACUAUCUUCAGAAAGGUCCAGAGGCCUCCCAUCUUCAUUUAGUGCAAAGGCAUGCAGGUAUGUACACAUACUCACUUCCGCAAACCCUUCAGCCCAUCACAGAACAAGAAAACAUCCAGGUCAGAACCUCUGAGAUCUUAAAAAACUUGGAGAGAAUUUCAGAAGAUACAAGUACUACUGCGCAUACCAAGCACACCAUACAGUUGAUCGAACAUGCAUGUUGAUGCUGCAUGUGCUACAUCACAGUUUGCACACAGUGCACAAAAGGAGCAUCUUCAAAAAAGGAAGCGUGGCCAAGGUAUGGCUUUUUUUGUUGCCAUUUAAUAAUCAUGUAACAAAGCUGAAUAAUUACCACAAUGAGAAACAGAAAUUCUUAAGUGGUUAUGAGGACAAAAAUCUGCUAAAACCCAGCAAUGACAGCAAGCAGCAAACAAAAAACCGCUAAAUAAUAUGCUAGACCCUAGCAGAAAAAGUGAGUAACACAACAAGUAGUUUUCCUCUCAUACCAGCCAACACACGUAUGUGCGCAGGUAUUCUGAUGGAUUAACUGAAACAAAAUGUUAGAUUAAAAAUUCUAGUACAUGAUUAACUUAGUUUUACAUGUUGUUUAUAGAAUCAUUAUACAUAUAUACAAUUUCUGUAAGUAUAGUUUAUUUGAUAAGCUUGACAGAUGCCCCAUCUCUGGAGGUGCCCAAGGCCAGGCUGCACGGGGUCCUGGGCAGCCCGACCCGGUGGGUGGCAACUAGCCCAUGGCAGGGGUUGGAACUAGGUGUGCUUUAAGGUCCCUUCCAACCCAAGCCACUCUAUGAUUUUAUAAGCUCAUCUACUAUUAAAGUUUCAAUAUAAAAACAUCCUACUGCAUGCCUGUCUUCAUACCAACUAAAUGCAAGCCAGAAAAUUACACCAAGAGUUAUAUAUCCCAGAAGUUCUUCACACAUACAUUACAGUUAAAUCACAAGAUGUCUCCUCUAUAGUUCCUCCUUUCACCAGUUGCCACAGUACUUGAUCAGUAUAAUGUAGCUUGUGCUUACUUAGCAUAAAAGCAGCUUAAAACAGGUGAAAAAUCUUUUAAAAUCUUUUGCAUUACUGAUCAGAUUUCAGUCUUACUGCUUAACUCAGAAGGCAGACAGUUGGCAGGUUUUUCCCCAUUUUUUCCCCCUUGACUUUAUAAGCAAUUUAUUGUUCAGGAGUCACCACUUUAAAUCAAAAAUAGUUGUUUCUUCUGAUAAUUUGAGACAACUUUUUUAAUGCUAGGUUGAUUUGUAUUUACUAUUCUGAGUCUGUUCAGUAAUGCAUUUCCACUCCUGCUGCUCUGUUACAUUAAACCGAAGCAAGUGAAAGAAAGUCAAUUAGAAUAAACAAGAACUUAAAAAAAUUUCGCUCAAAACAGUGCUUUGAUAAAAUGUAAAAGUUCUGUGCAGAUCAGUUCUUAGUUUUGCAAAACACAAUUCACAUUUUCUUCCUUCACCCAUGAAUUUGGGGUUUUGUACCUUUAUUUGGGAUGAGCUGUUUCUUCACUUUGCAUAAUGACGUGUGCCCUGUCCCCUCACGAAAAUGCCUUUGACAUUUCAGUAGAGGAAAGAAUGUUUAAGUGACAACUUCAAAUCUGAGUAAAGGCAAUAAGCUGUGGGCAAGUUGCCCAACUUCUACAUGACGCACUUCAUGAUUGCUCUAAGAGGCUGAGUCUUCCUUGUGAGAAGACAAAGGACAUAAGCUGCUUGUGAAGAAUGCUUCAUUAGCUUUCCUUGGAGGAUGCUCAGAGUGAAUAUUGAUAAUGCCAUUGUCAUUGAUAGUUCACUGAAGGAGAAACAUUUGUACAGAGCAUCCAGAACCAACUGUGAGAUCACGCAUCAAAUCAAACCUAAUUACUGUCUGCAGUUUUGGAACAAGGAGUUACAUGACUCAGAUGAGGGGAGAGAAUUCCUCUCUAGCUACUUCUCUCGUAAGAAAGCAAAGGGAGAGAGGCGCAUUAAAACAUAUUAGGAUAAUUCUGUAGGGGAAUUCUUUUGCCAUAUUCACCGACUUCAGCAAAGUCCACCAAAACAAGUUUCACAGUUACAGAACACAUGCUACAGGUGUAUGGAGUCAGUAUUGUACCUAUCUGUACACAAAGGACAGUAGAAAAGUUUAGUGGUCCUUUCUAGUUAAAGGUCCUCUGCCACCUCUUCCACCCACUGCCUUUGUACUCAAAGUAGAGCAUUUGAACUUAUAUGGUGAUGCUGAUUUUAAAACGGUUCUAGGAGCCACAUAAUUUACAAUAUAAAAAUGAAUCUUCAACGGGAAAUGUAAACAAAGAAAGGAGGAAGCAGAUAAGUUCAUUCCUUGUGCAGCUUAGAAUUAUCACAAAUAAAAAGUGGAAAGAACAACAGUAGCAGCAGUUAGAUUUCAUAGUAUUUUGAAGAGGAUUUGAAAGCAUGAAUGUUUGAUAAGAGAGGCAAGGAAGGAAGAAAAUUACUGAACCUCUAUUACCAGUCUGAGCAGACAAUUCUUUUCUUUCAUUUUAGGAAAAUUAUCAUAAAAUUUCUUUUUAUAUUGAAGUUGCUAGACAGUUAGAUGGGACGCUUCAUAAAGAAUGAAGAUGAGGGACCAGUCCAGUGAGCUCUUCCCCGAUAUAAAAAAUGAAAUUUUAAGUAGAGAAGGCAAAAUAUGCCAGAUGGAAGGAAAGAGACUAACCUGAUGAGAUUAUAUAUUACAUGUUGCAGCUACUGCAUUUACAUUAAAAGCAAAAUACAAACUGGAAAAGCAGCUAGCUAGAACGUGCAGAAUAAAGAAGUUACUUCCAAGUGAAGGAAACAGAAGAUAAAGUGGAAUGGAGAUAGGACUCCCAGUCUAGGGAGGGACCUGAGUUUAAUAUCAACCAAGGUAGUUUAUACAUAUCAAUUAAGUUUCCACACAGAAGCUCUACUUUCUCUGCCAAGAUGAUUUUCUAGGGCUACACUAGAUAAGGUCAUCUCAAACAAAGUGAAAAGCUUCAAGAAAGAAAGAAGCCCCUACCACUAUCAUUCUCCUUGUAAAUUAACAAGACGUUCUAACGCCCCUUCUCUUUUGCUUCAUCUGGCACAAGAACCCCAAACACAAUACAUCCAUCCAUUUCACAAAAGAGGAAAAAAAAAACAAACGUAUUUCAUAUCAGAUGCUUUGCGUCAAGACUGCUAAGGCUCAUAAAUCUUAUUGCCCUGGUCAUUUCAACCAACGUCUGACCCUUUUGUUAACUCAUGAUUUAUAACUGGAAGUUACUUUUCUUUAUGCCAGAUUUAUAAACUUUACUGUGCUUGGUUUGAUAUAAUAUCCAUUUUGUACACCAAGCUAUAAGACAGUAAAUUUAUUGUCCAUGAAGUGUUACCUUGAAAAAUUACAUCAAUGCAAAGUGGUUUCCAUUUACAAUCAAUAGACAAUAAAUCCAUUGGAUUUCUUUUCUGGGGGGGAGGGAGGGGGAAUAUGAUCAUAUUUAUGAGGUCAUGAGUGGCUAUAUAAUGAGUGAAACUGGGAGCAGAGGCAACAGUCUAGAGUUCCAAAUUACAGGCAUUGACAAGACAAAAUAUACUCAACAGAGCAACAAUGCAUAAGCUGGUAUUCUGCUGUCUCAUUAUCAUCAUCUUCUCGUGUCCUCUCUUUUCUCUCCCCGUCAUCAACACCAGCGAGAUGUCUUAUCAACUCUCAGCUGAUGAAGAUUCAAGACUAAAUCUGGAGCAGCUGGGCAGCUCAGAAAGUACCUCCCUGCCUCAGUUUCUGCAGGAGCUCUUGGGCACACUGGCUGAAGACAAUAAAGCAGGUCUUACCUCCAGCAGCUACAAUCCAAGGAAAAAUGCCAAAGAGACUCUCUACGAAAAUCACCCUCGAAUUGCUCUGCUGGGCCGCUUGUUGACGAAGGACAGGAAGCAGUACAAGAAACGUGGCAACCUUUCUGAAUGCUUCUGGAAAUACUGUGUGUAAACAGAACAAACUCUCCCUGACUUCGGCUGCAUAAUUUAUAUAUAUAUCUGAAACCAUGUACAUAAAAUUUGCUUGAUUUGAAAUCAGAAUUAAGAAAUUUGAAGAUAGCUCCUAACUUUAGACUCUACACUACUUGGAAAUUAAUAAAUUGUUGAUGUUUUGCAAAUAUUCUGUGAGCAGAGUAGUAUUUUCUUAGAGUUCAGCACAACAGGAUGAAAGUAACGGUACAAAAUGACAAAUAUGAAACACGAUGAGAACUUGGGCAGUUCUCCUGCCCAAGCAUGGAGAGAGCAUGACUCUCAUGGGGUCCCAUGACACUUCCCUUUUUCCCUCAAGAAGUGGCCUCAACUAUGUAUAAGUUCAGAAGCAAAAGGGCUUUCUCCUUUGCUAUAUGAUCCCUCGAUGCAAUUGGAAGUGCCAGGAAGGAAGGGCUCUGAUAACACCGACCCACUGAAGGAUGGCAGCACAACUGGAGCCCAGUCCCCUCCUGCUGUUCCCAAGGCACCCCAAAAAGAAUAAGAGCAUGUCUGGAUCAAGCAUCUAUUCCUACUACCUCUGGAGAUACCACUCACAAAUAAAGUCCUACCAAAUCUGUUUCUCAGCAGCAUCUUGACUAGCCCCAGCUGCUUAGGACAACAGAAUUACCAGCGCAUAACAAAAGCUUUACUGAUUGUAGCUGAUCAUUAUCAAGUACAGCAUGGAAGGUAAACAGUAGUGCUGACUAUGACAGGACUUCCAACUCAGACUGCAAACUGUCAGUGGAGAAGGACAAGAAUGAGAUGACUUAACAGA